AUGACUACUUCGAACUACUCUUCUGUGACUGAUUUCAUCCUUGAAGGGUUAAUAAAACAUCCAGAGCUUCAGUGGGCACUCUUUCUCUUGUUUCUUGGAAUCUACAUGGUCACAGUGGCAGGCAAUCUGGGCAUCAUCCUCUUGGUCAUCGUCAGCUCUCAACUUCACUCUCCAAUGUAUUAUUUUCUCAGUCAUUUGUCCCUCAUUGACCUGUGCUACUCCUCAGUCAUUACCCCUAAAAUGCUGGUGAACUUUCUGUCAGAAAGGAACUUUAUCUCCUUCCUGGAGUGCAUGACUCAGCUUUACUUCUUCCUUGUUUUUGUCAUUGCGGAAGGCUACCUUCUGACGGCCAUGGCCUAUGACCGUUACGUUGCUAUUUGCAGGCCACUGCUUUAUAAUAUUGUUAUGUCUCACAGGGUCUGCUCCAUAAUGAUGGCUGUGGUAUACUCACUGGUGACUCUGUCUUGCUCCAGCACUCACAUUAACGAGGUACUGCUGUUUAUUAUCGGAGGAGUUAAUACCUUAGCACCUAAUCUAGCUGUCCUCAUCUCUUAUGGUUUCAUUCUCUCCAGCAUCUUCCAUAUUCGCCCCAGUGAAGGAUGGUCCAAAGCCUUCAGCACUUGUAGCUCCCAUCUCAUGGCAGUGGGCAUCUUUUUUGGGUCUAUAACAUUCAUGUAUUUCAAGCCCCCUUCCAGCAAUAUGGACCAGGAGAAAGUGUCUUCUGUGUUCUACACCACAGUGAUUCCCAUGCUGAAUCCCCUGAUCUAUAGCCUGAGGAACAAGGAUGUGAAGAAUGCAUUGAAGAAAGUGGUUGUGCAGAUGUAG